UUCUAGUUGAUUACCGUUCAUUGUGGUAAAUAAUUUGUGGUCAGUAACUGUCGGCUCGCGCGACACGUAACUCGUGGAAUGUGGUAUUUUAGUCAGUGUUAACAUUAAAUAUUAAUAAGAAAAUUAUUAAUGAAACAAAGGGAAGUACAAGAUCCAGAAAGAUGUCGUCAAAGCUCAUCUACCUCCGUAUCCUCGGUUACUUGGUGACCAUCAUCAUGCAUGUCACCAACAUUGUGUCCAUGUCUCUGAUACUCCAUACUAAGGAGGCGAGAGAGCUGUUCAAAGACCCUACCAUUAAGUUCUUCAACGCUAACCAAGCGAGAUACUUCACUUGUUGGACUUUUUUCCUACAAAUAGUAUAUGCCAUCGCAGGUCUAUGGUGCGACUGUCUCGCUCUAAAGAAUGCAGAUAAUAAGGGAUACAAACUCCCCAAAUACCUGAAAGGGUUCAGAGAUACUCUGUUCGCUGGGGUUCAGUGGCCUUCCACUUUGCUUGUGGCAAGUGUAUUUUGGACCUUAUUCACCCUGGAUAGGAACCUGAUGUUCCCUGCGAUCCUGGACCAGGUCCUCACCAGGACCUCGAACCACAUCAUCCACACCGCUAUCAUUCCUGUUGUUCUUUGGGAGAUCGUCUUUCAACCGAGGUGUGCGCCUGCGUCACAUUUUAGGAACUUAGCGCAUCUUACAUUCCAUAGUCUGCUGUAUUUCAGUGUAUUAUUCUACACAUACUACGUAGAUGGAACAUGGAUAUAUCCAGUGUUUAAACGUAUUGAAGGAACUAUAUAUUUACCACUAUUUAUUAUUUUACUGUAUGUUCUAUUAUUGUUUUACUAUUUUAUACAAUGGCCUAUAACUAGGUUUAUACAUGGCAACUUGGAAAAAAGUAAAAGAAAAAUUCGAUGACAAGAAAAAUAGAUUUUAAGAGUAGAAUUUAAGAAAUAUUUUGUUUUUUAUUUUAUUUAGAUCAGAGGCGAUACGGCUCACUAUAAUCAUCAUCUCCUAGUAUUAUCCCGUUUUUCACGGGGUCCGCUUACCUAACCUGAGGAUUUGACAGGUCCGGUUUUUUUACAGAAGCGACUGCCUGUCUGACCUUCUAACCCGCGAAGGGAAACCAACGCGGGUACGGGUACUUAGGGUGGUAUUGGUACUGAUUCCUGUAAACACCACCUAAUUUUAUUUUAAGUUAUAUCUGUCAUUUUCUUAUCCGUCGAAAAGAAACGGGAUAGGUAAUCGACACGAAAUUUAUGGAACACACGUCAAUUUUAAGCACAAAUCUAAAACAACCCUAUAAACAACAACCGACAGAAUUCAGUUGACGGUACACGUCAAACGGUUUGUAAAUAAUAUACCAGCGAGAUAGCUGUCGAAUCGUCCGUCCCUUGCCUUUUCGGCGGAUAAGAAAAUUACAGGUAUAACUUAAAGUAAAAUUAGGAGGUGUCUGCAGGAAUCGGAGCCAUUAAUAAACUAAUCUCUGUUGAGACUGCCCUCAAGAUCAUGCUCAAGUCGCUGUUUUUAUAUAAGAAUUGUCACAUUGACAUGAUCUCAGCUUCGAGACUGCCCUCGAAGCUGAGAUUAGUUAAUUAAUACCAUCCUUAGUUGAUCUUGCGAUGGAUGUACCACUGACUACCCCAAUUGGGAUAUAGUCGUAAGCUUAUGUUAUAUGUGUUAGUACUCAGAGAACUGAUAGACGGGAGUUGUUUUUGCAUUGGCUUCUUCAUUCUUUCGCUGUUCGCAUUAAAAAUGUGAAGGCGGCGUGUUUCGUGCGAAUUUAUUUAUUAUAUUUUUUUUAUAUUAGGUAACCUAUACCUACCCUACGCUGUGAUAAUUUAGGGUGGCCAGUGCAACUACAUAUAUAGUUUUGAAUACUAUAUAGUUGCACUAAUUAUGAAUCAUGGGUAUUUUAUAAUAUUAUAUUAUGUUAAUAAAUGGAAUGGAUUGUUUAAAGUUGUUAAAUAAAUGCAUAAAAAUUAUAAAAA